GGGCGGGGCGAGAGGGCGCCUCAGUCGUGUACCGGAUCCCACCAGGGAAGCGUCCAGCUCCUCGAACGUUUCGGAGUUGCUCGUUCGCUCGGAUCUCUCUCUUUUCUCUCCAUUAAUCUUUCGAAAAACACUCCUCAUGAUUUUUAGAGGCUGUGUUUAACUAUAACUAUAAGAGGUACAAAACUCAUAUAAUCGGAUAACGCAUAGAAAGGGAGAGAGAAAAAGAGAGAGCAAACGUGAGAGCGGUUAUAGUGUCCUUCUCCGGGAUUCAAGAUAUCGUCUUUUCUUCUUCGUACCCCAUAGUAAUAGUUCGAAACGAGUCGUGCAUAGUAUUAUUAUAGUUUCAGCGGUACGGAUCAACCAGUGAUCAGUUCAACGCAACGCUGUUUAUAUCUUAUCGGAAGAUCCAGAAAUCUAUAUGAAAAUAUUCCUUCGUUCAAAGUAAUCGACGUUUCGUUUACUCUUCCCAUUGGCUUAUCCGGUUUACGUUUAUUGCGUUUACUUAUUCGGUUCUUACUGGUUGUAUCGAUUCGAGAAGUGAUACGGGCGUACAUAUAUAAAGAUACACGCACAUCUCAGUGAAACAAGUGAGAUAUACGUUAGAAAGAGGUGCAUAAAAAGAGUUUCGGAAAUCUACGGGGGAGAGACGUCUAUGUGCGCGCCCGGAGACACAGAGAGCUACCCUGGUACCUAGCGGACGACGCGGGGUGGUUUCACCAAUUCGGAGAAUCCACGUGUGAUUAGCGAAAAACAAAUGCAUCUACAACAUGUCACUGUUUGAUGCGAAUUUUGGGCAGGAGGCAUCAUCGGAUCAUACUUUUUUGAGAAUGAGAACUAGUGCUUGCGAGAGGGUUAAAUUCCAGGGUGGCGGGCUUCGUCAGCAGGAAGCGGCGAGUGUCGCGGAGCAGUAGCUAGUGAGAAGGAAAGAAACGAUAACGAAGAAGACGAAGACGACGCCGUCGGGGAAUAAGUGUCGAAGGGUGGCGGCGGAGGUGACCCGCAGGAGGUGGCGGCGGAGGAGGGUGGUGGUGACUUUGGAAAAGACGACUCCUGCGACUUGAGUCGCGAACCGUGGUUGGUGGUGGUAGUGGCCACGAAAAGAGUAGAGUAACCGUUUUCUGGCCGACGAGGGAAAAAACAGAAGCUUGGUGGUGGCGUUUGUGAAAGCAACUUGUGGCAAGAUGGGCUGCGCCAUGUCCGCGGAAGAGCGGGCCGCAUUGGCUCGUAGCAAACAGAUCGAGAAAAAUCUAAAAGAGGAUGGUAUUCAAGCCGCCAAGGAUAUCAAGUUGCUAUUACUUGGUGCCGGCGAAUCUGGAAAAAGUACCAUCGUUAAACAAAUGAAAAUUAUUCAUGAAAGCGGAUUUACACCUGAGGACUUUAAGCAGUAUAGGCCCGUAGUAUAUAGCAACACGAUACAAUCUUUAGUCGCUAUUCUCAGAGCGAUGCCAAAUUUGGACAUCAACUUUUCGACCAAUGAGCGAGAGCCGGACGCAAAAAUGGUGUUUGAUGUAAUCCAAAGAAUGGAAGAUACGGAGCCAUUUAGUGAGGAACUUUUAGCUGCAAUGAAUAGACUCUGGGCUGAUAGCGGGGUCCAACAAUGUUUUGGCAGGAGCAACGAAUAUCAACUCAACGAUUCGGCAAAAUAUUUUCUGGAUGAUUUAGACCGAUUAGGAGCAAGGGAUUAUCAACCUACGGAGCAAGAUAUUUUAAGAACUCGUGUCAAAACAACGGGCAUAGUGGAAGUCCACUUUUCCUUCAAGAAUCUUAAUUUCAAAUUAUUCGAUGUAGGCGGUCAAAGAAGUGAACGUAAAAAAUGGAUCCAUUGCUUUGAAGAUGUCACUGCGAUCAUAUUUUGUGUCGCGAUGUCUGAAUAUGACCAAGUUUUACAUGAAGAUGAAACGACGAAUCGAAUGCAAGAAAGCUUGAAACUAUUCGACUCAAUUUGUAAUAACAAAUGGUUCACUGAUACUUCAAUUAUUCUAUUCCUGAAUAAGAAGGAUCUUUUUGAAGAGAAAAUUCGCAAGUCUCCACUCACUAUUUGUUUCCCCGAAUAUGCCGGGGCACAAGAAUAUGGUGAAGCAGCCGCGUACAUUCAGGCGCAAUUCGAGGCGAGGAAUAAAUCAACCACUAAGGAGAUCUACUGCCACAUGACUUGCGCUACUGAUACAACCAACAUUCAAUUCGUGUUCGACGCAGUCACAGAUGUCAUUAUCGCCAAUAAUCUUCGUGGCUGCGGUCUCUAUUAGAAUAAAUAUUCCCGUUGCGGAGCCGAUCGAACGACACACACACACAUAUGGUUGAACUCACACUCAUACCCGUAUAUAGAACACAUGUUGUAUUGCAAGAACGAGGGAGCGCGUGAGAAUGAAAGACUACGAUAAUGUCAGCUACUGAGAGAAAGAUUGAGUGACAGAGCGGGAGAAAAUGGCUGAAAGAACGGGAGAAAAAGAGAUACACCUAUGUACCAUCGCUACCGACCACCUGCGGAGAUCUUCUCAAUUU